AUGGCCUCAGAGACCGCAGAGCCUCCACCCAUCACGACCCCCGAGGGAUACACCCUGCACACAGAAAACACCUCCUACAUCCUCUUGCCGCCGGACAACCAAGCGUUCCUGAAUCCCGUCCAGGAGUUCAACCGAGACCUGAGCGUGGCAUGUAUCCGUACCUGGAGUGAGCUGCUGAACGAAGAGAAGCAGGCAAAGUGGCGGCAGUCUCAGGAAAGGCGAGCUAAGAAGAAGGAGAACGGGCGCGGACCGAAGCCCAAGCGGGCGAAGAGUGAGUGUCCAAGAAGGGCUGGCGAAGGAUCAUCUGAGGCGAAGGAGGCUGCAUCUUCCGAGUCGGUCGUUGGAACAAGCUCACAGAAGCAGAAAGAGCACCCAUACAAGAGCGUGAUCCUGGAGGCUCUCUCUGCGACAGGCUUGCGUUCAAUUCGUUACGCGAAGGAAAUUCCUUUGGUCAGGUAUGUCAUCGCGAAUGACUAUUCUCCUGCCGCCGUCGAAGCAAUGCGAAGGAACGUCGAGAUCAACGGACUCGUGGACGACACCGGAACAAUCGAGACAGGCUCAUCAGAGACUCAAAAAGGUCAGGGCCGUAAGCCCACGCCACCAAAAGUCAGAGUGAACGAAGGGGACGCUUGUGCAUUGAUGUACAAUCAUCGGACAGAACGAGCACGUGUCGACGUCGUCGAUCUGGAUCCGUAUGGGACAGCAGCACCGUUUAUCGACGCUGCUGUCCAGUGCGUGAAUGAUGGAGGAUUGUUGUGCGUAACAUGCACAGACCUUUCGGUGCUAGCGACAUUAAAUUAUCCUGAAAAAUGCUUCUCCAAUUAUGGAGGCGUGCCUGUAAAGGCAGAGUAUUGCCACGAAGCGGCCCUUCGUCUCGUGCUGCAUACAAUAUCGACGUCCGCCGCGAGGUAUGGUCGAUACAUCCAGCCACUCCUUUCCCUCUCAAUCGACUUCUACGUCCGUCUGUUUGUCCGUAUAUACACAUCGGCGAAUGAGGUCAAAAAGGCUUUCAGGCGAACAUCCAUUUACUACAUAUGCAGCGGCUGCCAGUCGUUCUAUGAGCAACCCUUCGGCCGGAUGACCCACAACGUACAUGAACCGAGCGGAAAUGUCAAUUAUCACUUCAAGCCACAUGCUGGACCGAUAGUGCCUAGCAAAUGCCCAGAGUGCAAUUCCACGCUGCAUAUCGCUGGACCGAUGUGGUCGGGGUCAGUUCAUGAUCCUGCUUUUAUCUCGAAAGUAUUGGAACACGUCGAAGCCAGCAAUGAUAAGUAUGGCACUUCGGCACGCAUGAAAGGUAUGCUGACCAUCGCAAAAGAGGAACUGGAUACGCCGUUCUACUUCACACCUGCAAAAAUAGCUGGCACCUUCCACUGCAUAUGCCCAGCCCUGGAUGAGGUAGCCUCAGCGCUGCUACAUGCGGGACACCAGGUUUCCAGAUCGCACGCCUGUGCUGGCUCACUGAAGACCACUGCCACUCGCGCGGACGUCCAUGAUGUGUUUCGUUGCUGGGUCAAGACGCAUCCGGUGCGGAUGGAAAGAGUCUCAGAGACAUCACCGACACAUCAUCUUCUCAGCAAGGAACCAAAAGCGGAAGCAAAUUUCUCACGGCAUCCGCAGUCCGUGACACCUUCCUCGAAGGUGAAACUGGUCCGCUAUCAGGCCAAUCCAACUCCGCACUGGGGGCCCGGAAAGAAGGCCGGGUCCGGAAAGAGAAAAAGGGAAGAGGACGAGGUGUGA